UGUUUUUGGUAUUUGUUCUGGUGGGCACCAUGGAGCCCUGGCUCGAGGUGGUGGUGGUGGCUGCUGAUUCCCCGGAGCUGGGCUCGGACAGGGACACGGUGGCUGGGGAGGGGAGCUCCCCUGCUAGGAAGAGACCUCGCCGCUCCCCAUCCCGGACAGAGACUCCCAUGGAGUGGGAGCCCCUGGAGCCAGCUGGUCAGGAUCGCCCCACAUGGGGUACCCCCAGCUGGCCGUGCUCCACUUCCCGGUCCCGCUGCUCCAUUUCCCCCAGCCACUGGACCACCGACCAUUGGGACCCGACUCACGAGUGGCCCAAGGAACCGGCUGGGCCAAGAAAGUUGGCCGAUGAAUCCGCACCAGCCUCGGGGGGCCUCCCCAGUCUAGUCCCUUGCAGCAGCCAGUCACAGCCAGCCGCGCGCUCGGAUCCCAGACCCUCUGCCUCCUGCCAUGGAACAAGGGACCUGGCGCGCCAGCGGUCAAAGAAGCCUGCUCGGUCAAAGCGUUGGAAAUCCAUGGGAAACAGAGGCCUCGCAGCCAUUGUUCCACUGGUGCAGGGCAUCCUGUCGGCCUUCGCCUCGGGCCUGAGGCUGGCAAAGCUGCUGGAGCUCAUGAGGAACCAGCACGGGGUCGACAUGGAGGCUCUGUGCCGGGCUGAGAGUGCCCCGGAUGUCCUGGGGCUGCUGGCCCAGGUGCCUGGGCUGGGGGUACGCACCCCUGAGAGAGGUCCCCAGUGCCUUAUCCAGCUUAAGAGAGCAUUGGCAGAUGAAUACGCACCAGCCCCAGGGGGCCCCCCCAGAUUAGCCCCAUGCAGCAGCCAGUCACAGCCAGCCCUGCACUUGGAUCCUGGGUUCUCUGCCUCCUGCCGCCCCGGAAGAGGGGACGUGGUGCGCCAGCAGCCGAAGAAGCCUGCUCGGUCAAAGAGACGGAAAUCCAUGGGAGACGGAGAUGUGGUUGCCACCCUCGCCCCCUUUCUGGGCCAUGUCCUGCACCCCUUCCCCCUGGGCCUGGGGCUGCCCAAGCUGCUGGAGGCUGUGCGGCGGGACCACGACCUGGACCUGAUGGUGCUGAGCCGGGAAGCAGGGUAUAACGAUGUGCUGGGGCUGCUGGGGCAGGUGCCCGGGAUCUGGUUACACAAGUCAUCCAGAGGCAGCACAUACACCGUGCACCUCCAUGCAGCAUUGGCAGAUGAAUCUGCACUAGCCCCAGGGGGCCCCCCCAUUCCAGCCACAUGCAGCAGCCAGUCACAGCCAGCUCCGUGCUCGGAUCCUGGGUCCUCUGCCUCCUGCCGCCCCGGAAGAGGGGACCUGGCACAGCAGCAGCCGAAGAGAUGGAAAUCCAUGGGAGAUGGAGGUGUGGCUGCCACCCUUGCCCCCUUUCUGUGGAACAUCUUGCGCCCCUUUCCCCUGGGCCUGGGGCUGCCCAAGCUGCUGGAGGCCGUGCGGCAGGACCACGACCUGGACCUGGUAGUGCUGAGCCGGGAAGCAGGGUAUAAAGACAUGCUGGGGCUGCUGGGGCAGGUGCCCAGGAUCUGGCUACACAAGUCAUCCAGAGGCAGCACAUACACCGUGCACCUCCACGCAGCCCCAUGGACCCCAACUCCUGCUGACCUUCCGGCGGGGGGAGUGAUGCCCCCCAAGCUGGGAAUGUGGGAGGGAGCCGAGAGGCCGGGCGGAGCGAGUCUGAUGCAGAUCCGAGGGCCCCCAGGCUCCCACCCCUGUCUCUCUCCUUGUGGGGCCAGAGCCGCUUGGUGUCGGGGGAGGGGCUUAGGGGAUACCGCUGCAGGGGGGUCUCCUCCCACCUACAAGUGGCAGCCCUGCAGUUUGUCUGAUGGGGGAAUGUGAGGGGCUUUUUCCCUUCCCUCCCUCAGAGGCCUAGAGGAGUGGAGCUGGGAGUGAAGGCCCCACCCCUAGAGCAAGUCCCCCAGCAGGGAGUAGUCGGCUCAAGGGCCUCAGACCCUGGCAAGGGUUGGUCAUGUUUCUUCCCAAGCCCCAGAGGCCAAGAGGGGCCUUGUUAAUUGCCAGUAGAGACCCAACAAAGGUCUCAUGACUCCGGGAGCUGGGGCUCUAGCCCUGAUGGGCCCCUGCUCCAGGGUCCCAACCAGCAGGUGCAGGGUAAAUGCCGCAAGGAAACACAAACUCCCUCUUUCAACUGGCCAAGCGCCUUGUUGUGGGGGUUUGUACAUAAUUAUUGUCCCUCAUCAGCAUGCCAGUUGGCAACAGAACCCAGGUUCCUAGUCCCCCCUGCUCUAACCACUAGACUCCCCUUCCCCCUCCCCAAGCAGGGGGAUAGAACCCAGGAGUCCUGCCCCCAAGCACUAGACCCCAUUAAAACCCAGUUCUUGGCCCAGUUGUUUGGGCUCUGGCUCCUUCAGAGCGUUGCUUCCCAGUGUGGCACUGGAAUCCCAGUUCAUCCCAGUAUAGCCACCAGUACUGCCUGGAAAUGUCCCAGGGGCUUCCCCUAGCCCCCCGUCCCAGCUGAUCCCAGUAACGCUCCAGCACCCCUGUAGUUGCUAGGUCCGAGCCCAGUUCACCCCUGGGGCAUGGGA